AUGGAUUACCAUGCGAUUCACGGCUAUGACAGAGCAAGCUUCGACGCACCAGGCACACACCGGCUACCAACGAUAUCAGCUUCGCAGGCCCUUGACGACCUUGGAAGCGACGCAUCAACACAUGUAUCAACGGGAAUAGAAGAUCUGGAUCGCUCACUCCUUGGCUCAGUAGCAGUUGAAUCCCAAGAUGCCGCUCCAAAGGGUGGUGUUCAACGAGGCCAAGUGACAGAGGUCUGGGGCCCCCCUGGUACUGGCAAGACAGCCCUUGGCCUACAGCUUACAGCAAAUGCGCUGUGUGAUGGUGACGCCGUAGUCUGGAUAGAUUGCUUCCAGCCUCUUCAACCAGAAAGGCUGAGGGCAGUAACAAAAGCUGCCAAAGCUCGUCGAAACGAGCAGUCGCCUUCUGAAGUCGAGACGACAGACGCUCAGGAAAGCGACGCUGCUCGAUUCUACCAGUAUUCGUGCUUCACGCUGCCUCAUUUGGUGUCUCUCGUGUCAAGACCUACGGCUAAGCUAAUUCCCGUAAACACUUCACUUGUUGUAAUCGAUGCCUUUUCAGCAUUGGUCAAUUCCGCUUUACCCAAAUCUCACGAUGGCAAGUCUACAUCUAAAAACAGCAAGGGCCCAAGCCCAUCAGUGAAACGCAGGCAAGCAUUACAGUCAAUAAUGAGUGCACUUCACAAACUCGCCGCGACUAGGAAUUGCGCGAUUGUUGUUUUGUCUCAAUGUGCAACAAAGAUGCAUUCAGAAAGGGGUGCAACACUGACAGCCGCGGUUAAUGCCAACGUAUGGGAACAAGGGGUUUCGACCAGACUGGUCACGUUUCGGGAUUGGGUCUGGCAGGAAAACAGUCUCACAGGCGUCUUCCUCGCAGGUCUGCAAAAGGUAGAUGGCAGAGCAUGCCAAGAGGCCGUGGAGAACAUUGUCGCAUUUAAGGUGGAGCCGGAUGGCAUAGCCCAGGUUCCCUAUGAAGCAUUACAGACGUUCGAGCUAGCCCAACAUAAGCGAAAACUUGGGGAGACCGAACUCGAGGUGCCAGAUAGCGAAGACGAUGAAGAUUACGGAUGGGCAGAUGAAGACGAAGCGGCCAUGCCGGCGCCGCCGCCCCAGUGGCAAGGCAGCGAGGACCUCAUAUUGGGCCAAGACGUCGGACAAAGCGAAGAAGAAAAUAGCGAGCCCGAAGAGCCUGGCACCGACGAUGAAUCGAACAUGAGAUGA